AUGCGAGCAUCUAACCGACUAUUGCGCUGGGCCGUCCCCUUUGGUCAAGCAACGAGUCGACCGUGGACUGCGACAUCGAAUAAGGCCCAUAUCCGACGUCAUGUCUUCUCCCCCAAAACGCCAGUCCUGCGGAGAACGGGCGGCCAAGCUCGUGCAUUCUCGUCGACCUUACCAACUCGGUUUAUGUUAGAUGCAGACUCCACAAUCUACGCCCUCUCCACUGCACCCGGUAGAGCAGCCAUCGCUGUAGUACGCGUCUCCGGCCCAGCCAGUGUACCAAUAUACAAAGCCCUCUGCCCAAAUAAUCCCCUCCCGAAACCCCGCCUCGCAGCUCUCCGCACCCUAUACGAUCCAACCAAGCCACCAUCCCAAAACACAAUCCUCGACGCAGGCGCUCUGGUCCUCUUCUUCCCAAAUCCAAAAACAGUGACAGGCGAAGAUGUUCUAGAAUUUCACAUCCACGGCGGGCCAGCAAUCGUCAAAGCAGUUCUCGCCGCAAUCUCCAAAACAAACAGCCCAAGCCAUGAAAUCCGCUACGCCGAACCGGGCGAAUUCACCCGUCGGGCAUUCAUGAACGACCGCCUAGGCCUCCCCCAGAUCGAAGCAUUGAGCGAUACACUCUCCGCAGAUACAGAGCAGCAGCGCCGACUGGCCGUGCGCGGAUCCAGCGAUGCAUUGCUAAAGCGGUAUGAUACCUGGCGACAGCAAUUGCUAUACGCGCGCGGCGAGUUAGAAGCGUUGAUUGAUUUCUCUGAGGAUCAGCAUUUCGACGAGUCGACUGAGGAGCUGGUUUCUUCUGUUGCGGCGCAGGUGGGUGUGUUGAGUGUGCAAAUUGGGUUUCAUAUUCGGAAUGCGUCGCGCGGGGAGUUGCUGAGAAAUGGGAUUCGCGUUGCGCUUUUGGGGGCGCCGAAUGCGGGUAAGAGCUCGCUUUUGAAUCGCGUUGUUGGAAAGGAGGCUGCUAUUGUUAGUACUGAGCAGGGGACUACUCGGGAUAUCGUUGAUGUUGGGGUUGAUCUUGGCGGGUGGUUUUGUAAGCUUGGUGAUAUGGCGGGGAUUAGGGCUGAGCGGGGGGAUGGGAAUGGGAAUGGAGAGGUUGUUAUUGGAGCUGUUGAGAAGGAGGGCAUUCGCAGGGCUAGGGAGAGAGCUUUGGAGUCGGAUGUUGUUAUCGUGGUGGUUUCCUUGGAAGACUCUAAUGAUGGAGUUCGUCUCUUCGUUGAGCCGGAGGUCCUCGAUGCGGUUAAUGACUGCGUGGAUGCGGGAAAGUGUCUUCUUGUGGCGAUUAACAAGUGCGACAAGCUACACCCUGAUUUGACCGGUGGUGUACCACAGUCGUUGUCUAAUACGAUCCAUGAGAUCUUCCCAGCGGUACCAGCCGAUCGCGUGUUUGCCAUUUCUUGCGAAGAGGCACAGCGUGGAUCUUCUGCGACUACUACAGACCCUGGAAAUUUACAAGGAUUCCUACGCGGUCUAAUCUCGACUUUCGAACAGAUUGCCUCUCCCCUCGGCAUGGACGAAGAUGGAAUUACUCAAUAUGAUCUUUCGUAUUGGGAGGAUUCUCUUGGCGUCACUCAUCGCCAAAGCUCUAAUUUACAAAUCUGUCUCGGCCAUCUGGACGACUUCAUGUCCCAAGCCUCUUCCGUCAAAUCCCCCGACUCACAGGAGAGUGGGCUUUCAUCUCUUGACCACGAGUCCGAAAUCGAUAUUGUCACUGCUGCAGAACAUCUUCGCUUUGCAGCGGAUAUGUUGGCCAAGAUCACAGGCAAAGGCGAAAGUGGAGAUGUCGAGGAUGUAUUGGGAGUUGUCUUUGAAAAAUUCUGUGUCGGCAAGUGA